AUUCCCUGCUCCACCUGAUGAUCGUCAAUCCUACAACCAUGAAGUCCAUGUUGUUUGUCUUGCUGAGUCUGAUGACACGCUGUUGCCUCGUUACAGCACAAGUCACUACGUGUUUUCCUGUCACAACCACUGUGUGUACAACGACUCCUGGGCCGAUUACAACCAUCGGUACUACUACCGGUGUUCUCACCACCACUGCUGUUACAACCACGGCCGAGGAGACAACUACGGCUGCCAGUACAACUACAACUGACGUACCGACGACCACAGCCAGUACUACAACUGACGUACCUACAACCACAGCCAGUACAACUGACGAACCAACAACCACAACCAGUACAACUGACGAACCAACGACCACAGCCAGUACAACUGACGAACCAACAACCACAACCAGUACUACCACAGCCAGCACUACAACUAACGUGCCAACAACUACAACCAGUACUACAACCGGGGUACCGACAACCACAGCCAGUACUACAACCGAGGUACCGACAACCACAGCCAGUGCUACAACCGAGGUACCGACAACCACAGCCAGUGCUACAACCAAGGUACCGACAACCACAGCCAGUGCUACAACCGAGGUACCGACAACCACAGCCAGUGCUACAACCGAGGUACCGACAACCACAGCCAGUGCUACAACCGAGGUACCGACAACCACAGCCAGUGCUACAACAGACACACCAACAACCACAGCCAGUACUACAACUAACGUGUCAACAACAACCACCGCCAGUACAGCGUUAAUUGACGUGACAACUACUUCUGACACUGCAACAACUGAUGACCAGCCUGUCACUACUGCAAGCACCGUGCCAACUACCGUUGUCAGUAUAGCUACUACUGCCGUGCUAUCUACCAUCAGUGACACGACAGCAGCAGGCUUUCAAUCUACCACCGCCAGUACAACUUCUGCUGAUGGACCAUCAACAACAGGAGAUGUGCCUACAGACGUGACGACAUCUACAACCACUGGUGCAACCGGACCGUCUACCAUCACUGGUACAGUUGCUCCUGAUGGAACAUUUGCAACAGCAGCUGUGACUGCAGUUGACAGCACGUCUACCGCUGCUGGCAUGUCUACUACUGCCAUCACGCUCCCCUCGGAUGCCACGCCCGCUGGUUUGGCACCCGACUGUAUCGUCUGCAGUGCCACUAACACCUCUGCUAUGAAUGAUUCCUGCCUAAUCGGACCGAUGAUGACGAUGUCACAGCCGUGUCCUGUUGGAGUCUGCAUCACAAUCCUACGGGAAGACACAGACGGCGCCAUCAUUAUCUUUGAGCGCAAAUGUCACAGCGGCGCCUGUACCGACGACAACAAAGACGGCGUCUUCUCCCGUGACGCGGCCGGCGGAGAGACAGAGUACGAGAAGUGCUGUGACGACUCCGCUGACUGUAACGUCAUCAGCUACAACCAGCUGAGAGGCGCAGCGGACAGGGCGGUCACCAACAUGGCCGCCAUCUUGUUUAGCGCCAUGAUCCUCCUCCUGGCUCUGUAAACAUCAACCAUUGAAUGAGCUGACGUGCAUAAAGUCUUACAUUGCACAAUAUAGCUGCUAGUUCAAGUUUUUGUAUCAGAUUGUCUGGUUUUACCUAAAUCCUGUGCAUUUAAGGAGAAACAAUGAGAUGUUCACAAAACCACUUAUAUUACUGUUUAUCAAGAAUAUUUCAAAAUAAGUUUGGAUAUUUGUGUGAUGUACAUACAUCAGGGCACAUACGUGUCAUAGCACUGUACUACUGAUUUCGUUAGCUCGCCCGUCAAACCUCUCCCAAUUCAGGGACUACCCUCUCACAGCUCUGCAUGGGGUGCCGUGAAAGUUGCCAGCUGAACCUACAUUUGUACAUCACAGCGAAAACAUACUCCACGUUGCUACAAACCAUGUUGUUUUUAAAAGUCUCACCAUUUCAUCAUCUUAAGCGAGUUGUUUUU